AUGGCCCAAAGAUUGACCUAUAGACGCCGUCACGCUUACAACACCAAAUCUAACAAAGUUUCUCAUAUUAAGACUCCAGGAGGUCGUUUAGCUCUUAAAUAUAGAACCAAACGCCCAUCAGUUCCAAAAUGUGCUGAUACCGGAGUUCCACUUAAAGGAAUCAAAGCUGUCCGCCCCCGUAAGCUUUCUCAACUUACCAGACGCUUCAAGACCGUAUCCCGUGCUUAUGGUGGAAACCUUUGUGCUAAUGCAGUUAAAGAAAGAAUUCUUCGUGCAUUCCUUAUUGAAGAACAAAAGAUCGUUGCUAGCGUUUUGAAUGCCAACGAAUCUGCCAAAAACUAA